AUGCACGCUGGUCUGGUGAGCGUGAGUGACGGCAAGUCGAGGCAGCAGCCCAUGAAGCUCAUCCUCACCUCAGACUCCCUCGUCCUCCAGCGAGAACAACUCGUCAUCAGCACCAAGAACCUUGAGGCUAACGGUCCUGACGCCAGGAUCCGGCGAGUGAAGGUCAUCCGACAGCGCAACUCCGGCUUGGGCCUCAGCAUCAAGGGAGGGUCCGAGCACAAGCUGCCUAUUCUCAUCUCGCGGAUAUUUAAGGAUCAAGCCGCCGACCUCACAGGCAAGCUCUUCGUCGGCGACGCCAUACUCAAGGUGAACAACCAGACUCUGCUGCGGUGUACCCAUGACGAGGCUGUGGGCGAGCUGCGUCAGGCGGGGGACGAGGUACUCCUGACCGUCAGACACUACAAGGCCGCCACUCCCUUCCUCAACAAGAACGAUGAGACGUUGAGCAGCACAACAGAGAGCACAGCGUCACAGCUCAGGCCUGAAGAUGGCUGGCGCUCCCCCUCUGAUCCCACAACCCCAACCACCCCCUCCUCCACCCCCACCUCGGCCAAGAUCUCCAAUCACAAAAUAUCAAAUAGUGACCAAACUGAUUCCAUCGUCUCCAAUAAUAGCACUACCACCGACACCUCCAACACAAGCACAACCACCAACAACCUCAACAAAGUCAACAACAGUCGGAACGAAGUCAUCUCGAAGCACACUCCGAACGGCAUCUCUAACGCCACCUCCACCACUCCCACCAGCACAGCCACCAACACCUCCACUGCAGACUCCACCCCCAACGGACCAAAGGUGGAGAAGCAAUGGGUGGAUAUAGUUACAGUGCCACUCAUGAUGGCCUACAUCACACGGUACAUCUUCGGCACCGACAAGCUGCGGCCGCAAGCGUUCGAGGUGCGGGGUAUAAACGGUAUCAGUACUGGUGUGGUGCACUGCCAAGACGCCGCCAUGCUGUCCCAGUGGAUCAAACACAUCACCAACAACAUCAUCGGCCUUACCAACCUCCAGAUGAAGCUGUACAACUCAAGCUUCCCUGCGUCUGAACACGUACUAUACAUGGGCUGGGUGUGUGAGGGCGUCCUCAACCAAAACCUUCCCUGGCAGAAUUGGAAGCCCAAGUUCAUCGCUCUCAAGGGUACUGACAUCUAUAUGUUCGACACUCCUCCCUUGAACACGCACGACUGGGUUGAGCGUGCGUCAGUCUGGGCUGUUCAUCAGACCAUGUUCCGAGUGAUCAAGGAGUCGGAGUAUGUAGACGAGAGGCAACACUGCUUCCUCCUGCAGACGGCCAUGCAGGAGUCUCGUUACCUCAGCGUUGAGACCCGCCAAGACCUCCUCAGGAUUGAAAAUGCCUGGCACCGUGCCGUCUACAACGCUGUUACCAGACUUGGGAACAAAACAUUCGCGGUAACACAAGCCGGGAGAUCAUCUGGCCUGACGCUGGACUGGUCGGGAGGGUUCGCUCUCUACGACACAGAGACGAGGGAGUACCACUGGCGCUACAAGUUCUCUCAGCUCAAGGGUUCCUCAGAUGACUCCAAAACCAAACUGAAGCUCCACUUUCAGAACGAAAACAAAGAGAUUGAGACGAAGGAGCUAGAGUGCGCAACCAACCUGCAGAAUCUGCUCUUCUGCAUGCACGCUUUCCUCACCGCCAAGGUGGCUGCCGUAGACCCGUCUUUCCUGCGCGCCCCUCCGAAGACGCCCACGUAGUCACUUCCACGCCCACGUCCAGCAGAUGAGAAGCGUUGAUGAUGCGAGGCGUACAAGUGUCAUGCGUGACCAAUAGUAGUCCUCUUCCGUGCUAAGCAACCAGUUAUAUUUUACGAUGUCAGAACUACGUCACUACUGCUGCAUCAAUGACAGAGAAAUUCAGCCCCUACCUGCUCUCCAAGAACCGAUCACAUCCCGCCACGUCAAACGCUGUAUUCCAACUGUACCGCCAAUAGCAAAUGUACUUCCAUCUUUAUCUGUACCAAUAGUAAUUUGUGAAACAUAGUGGUAGAUGUCUUUACAUAGCGUUAUGGUUCCAUUUCAAGACUUGUCUCAGAUUAUUGUGCAUUAUUGGUAUUGGUUCAAUGUAUCUUUGCUUGUAAUUUGUGGAAAAAGUUAAAAUGUAUGAUAAUGUAGUCGAUCAUUUGGUUUGUGUCCACUAUCAACAUGUUCUCCUAAAAUAAUGCACAUCCCCUUUCACAUGCCUCUCAUACUACCGCACAUCUCUUACACGCUCUGUACACAUCUUUUAUCUUACAACCUCUUUAAACAUCCUACUAUCAGUUUCCCUGAUUUUCCCCCUCAUUCAUCCAUCUCAUUCAUCCCUCUCAUAAACUUCAAGCCUUCCCAACUCAAAUCUUCACUGCGUCAUUUUGGUGUUACAAGACAAGUUUGUGGGCCAUUAAGAUAAAGAUGUAAAAAUAAGUAUUUAAUGACCUAAUUUCAAACCCUCUCUGUGUCACAAGUUUCAAUAAUACAAAAAUAAAGUAGGUUCUAUGUUACAUAUAAUUUUGCAGGCGGUCUUUUGUAACAAGACGGUAUUACUGAAAAAUUUCUUAUUUACUUUUCACUUUGAAUGAAGUUACAAUAUAGAUAAAAUGAUUGAAGUGUGAAAAUAAUUCUUAUAUAAAACAAAUUGAAAUGUGUGUGUGUUCGUGUAUUUUACACGUGUGUGUAUUCUCUUAUGAAGUUUUAAGUAUCAUAAAUGACCUGAGAUAAGCCUUGGAAGGUGACCAUGUUAUAUUUGAGAAGUUAUUGUGACGUUCAGACUUGUUAAUAGCUUUAAGAGAUGUACAUAUUAAUGAUGUUAAUAUUAUAGUAUCUUGCAUGAUUAUAUAUUUCUGAAUAUGACCCAUUUAUCCCGUUUCUGUGUGUAGCCUUGCCUCGCGUGGUCAACUCUCUCAUCGCAGGACAACUCUCAUAUAUAUAUAUAUAUAUAUAUA